AGAUUUCAGUGUUUCCUGUUAGAGUGGAUUUUUAAAUUGAAAGGCGCCGAACGAGCAUACUGAGCUGUUAUUUUUCUUUUUACAUCACUUUCCCGUUUUCUUUUAGAACGAAAAUGCUGCCCUCUUCCAAUUUAUCGGAGAAUGGUCGUGUCUUCAUGAAAUCACUCGACAGAAUCAUAGAAAAGUAUACAAAACUUCAGCGUUAUGAUGAAGGACCUGCAGUGGAUAUAAGGAGAUCCACUCUUCAUACUUUUUACAACUACAUGUUAAAGGGCACACAAGACAUGAAAAGGCUGGAAGCUGAGAACCUGGCUGACCAAAGCAGGGAUUCUUUUAGCUCCCCAAACACAACAAGAGACUCGGUGCAAUCCACCAGUAAAAAUGAGACUUUGGGCUCCACCUGCUGGUUGGCAGUGGAAAAUAAUGACGUCACCGGCAGCUUACUGGAGUCGGUGAAUUCCCAGCCGGAGGAUGAAGACGAGACGCUGCAGAUGUCAUUGAGCAGUCACGGCUGCUCUCUGGGGGACGUCUACCCCAGCAUGGUCAAGAGAAUCGAGAGGGCUUGGCACACGCAGAACGUUUCUCUGGCUGCCGACUCGGUGCUGAGGAAGUACCGCCGCUGGCGACAGCAGCCGCCGAGAAGCCUUCUCAACAGCACUUAUGACGUCACGAUGAGAUCCAGUUCCCCGUCAAAUCAUCAGAACCGGAGCAACCUCGUCCCUGCACAGGCGCUCUGCCGCCUCGAGGAGGGUCCAGCUCACCUGGAGAGGGAGAAGCCUCCGAUUCUUGUGAUGGAUUUCUCUGAACUCUCUAAACCAGCAGAAACUUUAAUGAAUGAGACCUUCAUCAUGCUGUCUCCAGAAAAACCUGUCUCCACUUACAGCUUCAGCCUUCCUCAGCCUUCUCCUAAAUCCCCCCUCAUAAAGGCGUCUCUUCUAACACUUCCAGUAGAAUCUAGAAGGAAAGAAAGACCUGAAAUCUACACCUCCCCAGUCAGGCAGAGUCCUUUGAAGGAUAGAAAGACGAGUCUCUUUUCCUUCUCCAGAAAGUUUGAAGAAAACGCUUCUGACCGCUCUUCCACAGAAGUGAGGCUCGCUUCUCCAGCUUCUCCUCUCAGGAGCUUUCAUCCAGAGCGUCUCCAUCAGCCACCUCCUUACUCUCCUCGCUCAUCCGGGCGCCCCCGCUUCAGACGCCACCUCUCCUUUGACUCCUCCCAGCCACAGAGCCGCGCCUCCUUCUCUCCGCAGAAAAUCGACGAAGAUUUUCUGAAGCUUUACCACAAGUUCGUGUGUCAGAACAAGAUGGCUUCCUCCAACGCUCCUCCGUGCCGCCUUUGCAUCCGCAGCUCUGUGGCCAGCAGGUGUCACUCCUCCUCAGCUCUCGCCGCUCUUGCGUUGUCGCCACACCGGCCCAUCUUUCGGAAGCGCCAGUGGGAGCUGGGGAGUGACGCCAGCCCCCAGUUCAAACGCCUCAGAGAGGAGAGCUCCUCCUUUUCCCCCGGGUCGAAACAUCACCGAGGUGAGACGCUGCGGCGUUGGUCCCAGAGUCCCUCCAAACGAGGCUCGCCGCAGGACGCCGGCCCCUUCUUUGCAGCAAACCGCUGUAGUCCCCUGAAGCUCUUCUACUGAAAGGGUAUCAUGUACGAGCUGCUUUCUCAGAACGUGCGAUUGUGGUAAUCUAACUUAAAGCUGGAGAUGAAGAGAUUAUCAGGAACAAACCGGAAAUUCUUUAACACGUCUGAUGUGUUGAAGUUAGUUGUAUAUGUAUUUUCCCUUUUUUACAUAUGCCAGUUUACUUUGAGAGAAGUGUUUUUAAAGCUCCAUCUUGAGGCUGAAAAGCAUCUUGUUAGAAAUUCAACAGUUUGUGUUCUCUGAAUUCUGUUUAUUCAUGAUUUUUUAAGAGAAUGGAAAACAAAGUACCACUGUAAUGGCUCAUUUUAAGUUAUAAAAUAAAGGUCAAUUUACUCUUUG